AUGUCUCAGGAUGCGUCAUGCUCUCUGCUGUCCACUCACUCACCGCCUUCUGCUCUCCCCUUCCAUUGCCAUGAUCCAUCCUCUGCCUUGCCUCUAUCGCUUUCUCUUGUCACACUUUCCUUGCAGCUUCCUCAUGCCAGGGACUCUCACACUCCUCCUGGGAACCUCAGGUGGGUCCCAGUUUUCGGCAAGUCAAUGCUCAUCCGCCUGCUAGCCGACUUUUGGACGUCUCAGAUUUUGGCAAGUAGCGGCAAGUCCAUGCUCAUCAAGCUGCUAGCCGGCCGCCAGCCCGCCACCACCGGCACCGUCUCGUUCAACGCGCACCCCAUCACGCCCUCGCUGCGCGCAUCGCCUCGUGGGGCCAAGCAGCUGCUGCAGCACCCCAUGCUGAGCAAGGCGCUGCGGGCGAGCAUAGAGAGGGGCGAGGACCCUCUGGUGGCGUCCCGAGAGGCCAUGUUUGGGCUGCGACGGCAUGCGGGAGAGAAGGUUGGGUCGGGGGCGCUGACCAGAGACGAGGUGCACCGGCUGACUGCUGCUGAGCUCAUGGUUGGCGCUUACCCGGUGAGUGCUGAGGCGGGUUUAGAAGGGCGCAUGCACGGUGCGUUGUCUCUCCCUCUUCUUCCUCUCUCCCAAACGCCUCUCCUCUCUCUCCCCCUUGCCUCUCCCCUCUCCCUUCUCCCCUCGCCUCCUGUCCUUCCCCUUCUCUUCCUCUAUCCCUGUUCUCCCGUGCUGCUGUUUGAUCGCAUCAGCCAGGUGUAUGAUGGGCCCUCCACACACAAGACGCUCACCAUGCUGCGCACCCACGCACAGGUCAGUGCGGCAGCAUGUGGUGCUGUGCUCGCUGCAGUCUCCCGCACAGGCGGCCUUCUCCCUCUUCGACCGGGUGCGGCAGCACGCGGUGCUGUGCUCGCUGCAGUCGCCCACACAGGCGGUCUUCUCCCUCUUCGACCGGUCAUCGUGCUCAACCAGGGCAACAUUGUCUACCAGGGCCCCUGCCACUCCGCGCUCCGACACUUCCAGCAGCUCGGAUUAUCUGCAGUUCAGCACGUUCCGGUCCCCUCUUUCCCCACCCCUUCCUGUCCCCUCUUUCCCCACCCCUUCCUGUCCCCUCUUUCCCCUCCCCUUCCUGUCCCCUCUUUCCCCACCCCUUCCUGUCCCCUCUUUCCCCUCCCCUUCCUGUCCCCUCUUUCCCCACCCCUUCCUGUCCCCUCUUCCCCUCCCCCCAGAUACUUGAAGCCACUGCACAUGUCAGUGCCAGGUUAUCCGCAGCGCGGCACGUCAAUGCCCUUACUGACUCGCCUUGUCCUCAUUCCCUCACUCGUACCCACUCCCCUCUCCUCCCAUCUCUCCUGUCCCCCCAUCGCCCCAUCAUCUCCCCCCCCCCCCCCUCUCAGCUACCUGAAGCCACUACACACGUCAGUGCCGGACUACCUGAAGCCACUACACAUGUCAGUGCCGGAGUAUCUGCAGCACGUCACCACGGAGGGAGGGGGCGCCCUCAGAUCCGGCAAGAGGAAGCUGCUGCUCGAGGGCUUCGUGCGUGCAUACAAGAAGUCCCCUCAUUACAAGAACAUCCUCCGUGUCACAAGCCACCCCACGCCUCUCCUCCUCCUCUGGAUCUCCGGGCCGGCAUGCCACGUCCUUUCCCGGAUCCGCUGCGCGAUCGCCGACGUGGCACCUGACGCCACUUCAGCAGACGCCAGCGCUCCAGACGCUGCCACAUCAGCUCCAAACGGCGAGCAGCAGCAGGGCGCUGCAGCAGGAAGCAGCGGAGCAGCAGAGAGCUCGUCGGCGGGAGGAGAAGCUAAGGGGUUGGGAGUGUCAUCUUACCAAGCAGUAGUGGUGACAGAGUCUCGUGUGAUAUUCGAUGAGGACGGGGGGGAAGGAGGAGUGGGGGCAGGCGAAGCUGAUGGGGAGGGACGAGGGGGAGGGAGAGGAGCGGGAAGGAGAGGGGGAAGGGGAAGGGGAGAGGGGGGGCAUUUGGAGGAGGGGGUGGAGGCGACGGGACCGGUGUGUGUAGGAGACGUGGUGGUGGCAGUGACGGUGGGCGAUCGGGGUGAGAUGGAGUAUGCGAGGUAUGCGGGGGGGGAUGUGCCGGUGGAGGAGAUAAUGGAGAUGCUGGAGGAGGUCAGGGACAGCGCCACAUGGCUGCAUCUGGAGCUGCAGCGACCCCUCAAUAUAGUCACACAGCCGCGAGAGCGCUCUGCUCUGCCAGGCUUUCCUGUCAAGGGUUUCGGGGUUAUCCGUUCCUGUCUCGUCCAACCCCACCACCAGGAAAAGGCAACUCAGUGCGGCGAGGAGGAGGAGCAGACGGAACACCUGUUGACGAGUAGCAGCCAGGCUCCCAGCGACGUGGAGGCCGGCUGUGCUGCUGCUGCUGGUGGGGCUGCUGCUGCUGGUGGGGCAGCUGGUGAGAGUGCACAGCAGGGAGCUGAUGCGGCUGAGCCCCCGCCUGGCAGUGCUGCUGCUGCAGGCGCAGAGGCUGAGCAUGUGGAGGCCAAGGCCAAUGACACGCGUGUUGACAUCCAUGACCAUGACACCCCUGCUGACGCCGACGACACACACGCUUUGGUCAGCCACAUUGCCCGGUGCGACAGCGCCCGAGGAGCAGCAGGUGAGGACGACAAGGGAGAGCAUGGAGAGGAGGAGGCAGACGCGGUCGCAGCAGCAGGGAGCACGAAGCGGGGCAACGCGAGGGGCAUCCAGUCGCUCCCGAAGGCCAUCCCCCACGCCAUCACGAAAGCCUUCAAGAGCAUCGGCCUGUCUGCAUUCAAAAGGCUGCAGGGCAGCAGCAGCAGGAGGAGGAGCGGCGCGUUCAUGCAGCUGCAGGGGGUGAAUGCCGCAGGGGCUCUUAAAGCCAUGAACCUGUCGGCUGCGGCGACGGCGUCGCGCGCGGCGGUGAUGGCGGGGCUGUGGGGGGGGGCGAACAGAGAGCUGCUGCGCAAGGAGUUGAUUCUGGACAUGUGGCCUGAGUUUAAGUUGUUGUUGAGGCGGCAGUUGCAGGUCAAUCUGCGGAACUGGAGCUUCAUUGCUGCCCGCCUGCUGCUGGUAAGUGGGAGGAGAGGAGCUGGUGCAGGCGAGGGGAAGCAUGUGGUGCAGAGGACCUCUUUCGUGGGCUUCGACUUCUCUUACACCUCCCUGCAGGACCUCGUGGGCUUGGACCUCUUACACCUCCCUGCGGACCUCUUACACCUCCCUGCGGAUCUCUUACACCUCCCCGCGGACCUCUUACACCUCCCCGCGGACCUCUUACACCUCCCCGCGGACCUCUUACACCUCCCCGCGGACCUCUUACACCUCCCCGCGGACCUCUUACACCUCCCCGCGGACCUCUUACACCUCCCCGCGGACCUCUUACACCUCCCCGCGGACCUCCCUCCAUUCAGUUGA